UUCCUCACUAAAUAAAUUAUUUAUUUUCCCCUCAAAUUUUCCCAAAAAAAAAGGAAUGGUUAUUAUUAAACAAACAACAACAAAAACAAAUUUCUCAAAAAUAAUAACAAUUUUUAUGACCUCAAUUUUCCCUUUUUUGUUUGGUCUCACAAUGGGACAGUCCACCUGUGUUUUUCUCAAACAAAAAUACCCCCAGUUUUUAUUUUACAAUGUGCCCGAUGAACCAAGAAGAGGUGAAAUAAUAAAGAGAAUAUUAUUAAUUAUUUAGAAAAAUUCUAAAAAAAAUUUUGUAGAGGUUAGAAAACCCAUUAAGGGUGUUUCGGAAAAAUUUUAACACAACUGUUACCUCUAGGCUAUUUUAAAGACUGCGCCGAAACGUCCCCUAGCAUUUAACUUCACUGUGUAUCUGUGGCUAAGUUGGAAAAUUUGGAGUUUUCAGGAGGUAAGGUCGAAGGUUCGAGUCCCACUCAAGGGGAACAAAACUUUAUUAAAUUUAAAUAGUCUGA